UGUUCGCGUUGUGAGGUUGGGUUGUUUGUUUACAAGCCGGAAACGAAGCAAGAAAGUGUCUGACAAAGAAAGCCGGAAUAUUUCUCGCAUUGAACAGUUUAGUGAACGGUACUGAUUAAAUAUAUAUUGCAGUGUGCCUCGUGAACGUUGAAUACAAAACCGGCGAAUCGCGUCGCGCCUACAAAGAGUGAAGUGAUUUAUUUCGAUUUUACUCGAUCUCGUUAAACGGCCACUUGUGAACCACUGGGUGACCGUGUGGAAAACCGCGUAAGAAUCCAAUAGGUGCAUAAAAUCGAACCCCGUAAUGUGAGAUAGUGUGCGUAAUGAUUUUAGCGAUCAGUUUGUGAUCAGUUGCAGAAAGGGAAAACCCGUGAGCGCCAUACUGAUAUUUUUUAGUUUAGUACGUUUCUGUGUGUUUCGAUUUAUGAUUCGACUAUUCGAGGCAGUGCAGUGCAGCGAAUCACCGGCAACAUGAACGGAGUUACAUUGAUGGACGAGAACGAUGUGGACAUCAAGAGCCCGAUACGGCGGCUCGGUUCUACGAGAAAGCUGAACCUGUUCAACAACAUCAGACAACAGCUGAACGAGCAGCUCAAGUUUCUGGAUGUCCGCAUGGAAGCACAGAUAGCGCUCGUACAGGAACUCCAGGACUUCUUCCGACGACGCGGCGAAGUGGAACUAGACUACAGCAAAAGCUUGGACAAGCUGGCUAAGAGCCUUCAGCUUCGGCACAAAGAGCAGCGUCAGAAACGCGAGCAAUGGCCAAUGUUCUCUUCCUACUCGUGCUGGCAACAGCUGGUCAACCAAACCAAAUCACUGUCCAGAGACCACGCGGCCAUGUCCGAAAUCUACUCCACACAUCUGGUAGCCCGUUUGCAGACAGUAUGGGAUGAUGUCCAGCGUAUAUAUAGAAAGUGUCGGGAAAUUGGGUUUGAAACUCACGUGGAAAUAUUGCGAAUUUUACAAGAACUGCACACCAACAUGAAAACGUACCACACGCUGCAGACGGAGGCAAAGGAAGCGGAGAAAAAGCUCCGGCUGGCGGAGAACCAACGGAUGAAGCUUCAGCAGAGUGUGCCGAAGGAGAAGCUGGAUCGCAGCAAAAAGUAUCGUUUGAUCGAGAAGGAGGUGCUGAAGCGAAAGAACAAAUACACCGACGCAAGACUGAAGGCGCUGAAGGCCAAGAAUGAAUAUCAGCUUUGCCUGGAAGCUUCCAACACGACGAUUCACAAAUAUUUCGUCGAAGAUUUGAGCGAUUUAAUUGAUUGCAUGGAUCUUGGUUUUCAUUCGGUCGUUUCGCGGGCACUGCUGAUGCAUGUUUCCGCGGACCAAGGCCGUUGCAGGGCGGUGCUACAUAAUGCCGAAACGCUGUCACACAUCGUCAACUCUAUGGAUAGCCGUGCGGAUAAGCAAAAGUUCCUUGAGCAACAUAGUGCCGCUUUCAUGAUUCCGAAGCGGUUGGAGUUUCAGGGACAGGAUGAAGAUGUGGAGCCGGAGCUGCAGAAGGCCCUGCAUCAGGAGAUGGAGUCUCGGCUAAUGCAGCUCGAGCAGCGCGUUAACAACUUACGCAUGGAGUCGGAAGAAAUCUGGAAAACGCUGGAAACGGCGGAAAUCAAUCUACUGGACAUACUCAACACUAAGGAUUACGAUUGCACUGGAGCGUUUGGUGAUGGUGCAGUCGCUUUUCAAAAGCCCGAAAACACAUCGGUAAAAUUACGAUCGGAUAAGAACGAAAUCGAAGAAUUCUACAUAACGAAAAUACGCGAAUACAUACUCGCAACAUCGCGAAUAGCACGGCUGGAUUCGAAGGCGGAAUAUCUGCGUAACGCUUUAGCGAAAGAUUCAGCCAUCAAAACAGACACUCUCACAAAAUCAAACGUACCGAAGCGGAAGCGCAUUGGGCGCAUGAACAAAUCCGGACGACCCAAACUUUUCGGUGGUUCGCUAGAGGAAUAUCUGGAGGUAUCGGGUGAAGAAAUUCCACUAAUUGUUCGAAGUUGCAUUAGAGUUAUCAAUCUUUAUGGAUUGCAUCAUCAAGGCAUAUUCCGAGUUUCAGGAUCUCAAGUAGAAAUAAGUAACUUUAAAGAAGCCUUCGAACGUGGCGAUGAUCCACUGGCUGAAAUGACCGACGCUUCCGACAUCAACUCUGUUGCUGGAGUGUUGAAGCUUUAUUUACGAGAACUGCGCGAACCGCUGUUUCCUUUAAUUUACUUCGACCAUUUUGUUCAACUUGCACAACUCGAAUCCAAGCACGAUAUUGUAUCAGGCAUACGCAAAUUCUUCCAAAGUCUACCCAAAUCAGUUGUAGUGGUUAUACGGUAUCUGUUUGCCUUUUUGAACCACCUUUCCGAAUAUUCUGACGAAAAUAUGAUGGAUGCUUACAAUCUGGCGAUAUGCUUUGGUCCCACGUUGAUGCCAGCGCCGGAAGAUAAGGACCAAGUGCAGUAUCAGAACCAGGUAAAUGAGCUAAUAAAGAACAUCAUCGUCCACCAUGCCGAACUCUUCCCGAAAGAUCUGGGCGGAAUGCAGUACGAAAAGUUCAUCACUUCAGAAACGUUUGAAGAUAUUGAUGUUGGUGACUCUCCCACGGAACAAGUAUCGGAAGAUCCGGAUUCGGAAGUGUAUCCAUCAGAGGAUGAAUCGGACACAUUCGAAGCGAUCGUUCAGUUCGAUUUUAACGCACGAUCCGAGAGAGAACUAUCGUUACGAAAAGGGGACACUGUGAUACUGUACAAUCAGGUUUCCAACGAUUGGUGGCGAGGUGCAGUAAACGGUAAAACUGGACUCAUUCCAGAUAAGUACAUAUCGCUAAAAAUCAAGGAUGAAGAUCGCGAUAAAAGUGAACAUUUGAAAUCUUCCAGUUCAGAAGAAUCCGUCCGGAAGCGCCGCCCCAGUGGAAAUAUUUCGCUCAACAGUCAGCUAUCGAUUUGCACGCAAAAUUCCAACACACUGUCCAACAUUACGUGCGGUAGUGACUACACCGCAUCCACUAUUAGCGCCGCAACGGCUUCUGCCGGUGGACAUAGUGCUGUGGGCGGUGGAGCAACAGGUGUCGGGGGCGUCGGUGGUGGUGGUACAUCUAGCAACAGCGGAGCUGCUGGAGCAGCUGCCGGGCUAAUACAAACAGCGCUGGCCUCUCCCGGUCAUCCACAGUAUCAAACGAUCCAGCAUGCUUCACAAGUAGUGUCUUCCGUUCACCACUCAACCACGUCACAGCCACAACCGAUUGCUAUAGUGACACACCAACCACCGUUGCCAUCCGCCCAUCAUGCGCCACCAGUGAUUGGUGAAAAGUUGGGCAGUGAGCUGAAGGACACCGACUACAUUCACUACGAUAGUGUGGAUCACUUGAAAGCGUCACCGUACAGCUACCACGAUGAACCACAUUCGUUCGAAAACUCGUUCGAGUUCGUCGAAGAUAUGGCUCUCUUCACAUACGAGACAUCAAAACCUUCGGAACCGAUCUAUGCCGAACCGACCAAAAUUACUAUGAACCGCGAGAAAUCGCCAGCGGCCGAUAGUGGUACGAGCAGCAACAGCAACGACGAAGAAUCGGAUAAUGUGGAAAUUCGUCCACGGCUCGGCGGCAUGGGUGAACCACCAGAGCAUAGCAAAUCUACCCUUGGACUAAACCGUCGCAGCGAGUCGACACUAAGCACUGGGAAAUCGGUAGUUGGAGAACCAACAGCCACCGAUGACCAGUCCGAUCAGUCCCGUCCGAUGCGGAAGUAUCACUCGAAGAGCUUCAGCCUGUCGGAGAAUAAACUGUCCCUAGCUGCUGGUGGUGGUUCUGCCACAUUAAAUGUUUUCCAGCAAAAUCGUGACUUAUGGCAAAAGCGUGCCGCACAAAGCUCCUACCAGAAUCUGACAACAUCGCGCAUCCUAAGCCGGAACCGAAUUGCACCCGAUUUGGUGAUGGAUCUUCCGCCAUCGGCUAUCAACAAGGAGACGGCCCAUGCGUCUAGAGAAUCGCUAGACACGGAACUGGAGGACAUGACGUCGGCGGAACGGUUUGCCGCACAGAACCAGUGCACGCUAAAGAAGAAUGAACGAUUUUCGAACGAAUCUCCUGUGUAUGAGAAUAACACGAUGAAGAAAGAGGUUAAGCUUGACGUGAAGGGAGGGUUGGCGACAGAUAAACCUAAAGCGGAGGUAAAGCCACAAGAAAUCAGUAUUAAAAGUUCCAACACACCAAUACCGACGACUUCGGUGGAAGUUCCAGGUAAAAUUGAAGAUUGUACAGCAGGAGCAGGUGGUGGUGCUAGGGAGGAAGAACCGAAAAGGGUAGCGGGCAUUGCAACUCCCGUUGUGUUGUCCUCAUCACCGGCAGGCAGCAGCACGCCGAGUACGGUGACUGACGAAGAAUCGGAGCUCGUGUCGAUGUCUUCGAAUGAUGGUGGUCUACUGCUGGCGUCAACUUCAGUAACUGGGAAGGAACUCAGCAAGAGUCCAAUUCCCGUCCGCAAUACGCAGAAGUUUGUGUCCCAAUUUGCGGACCUACAUUUGACUGGUGGUUGUCUGAUAAAAUCAACCGAAGGGACGUCGGCAGCGGGCGUUUCUUCUAUGGCCCAGGAGCAGCAGGCCAAAAGUUUGAGCUCGUUCAAACCACAGGUGAAGGUUAAGCCCCAGAUAUUGAAGAAACCGCAGGUUCUACCGCAAACGCCAGAAAUGCAACGUCGGAAUGCGGACUAGAAGUGGCUACUGUUCUCGCGCUCAAACACUUUUAACAUGUAAAGCGACGAGAACUUCACCCAAGAGGCAUUUCUAAGUCACGGCACAACAAAAAAUGAAGAAAGACGGACAUUCAAACUGUCCGUCUGUCUGACUUUCUUUUGUUGACUCGAUGAGACCAUGCGGCGGGCGGGGUGGUAUUAUAUAUAGGAGGGGGUAAAAGACGAGUCGUAAAUUGGUGCAAAGUUUACAAUCUUCUUCUUCCUGCACAUACCAAUGUAAUAGACUUUCGCACAACACAUGCUAACAAGGUUAUUGAAGGCUGACCACGUAACGGAUACGACCCAACCGUGUGUGAGUGGUGGAAAAAUUUGCGGAUUUGAACAAGGUGCGCGCGGGAAUUGGAUCGAGGAAAACACCAAUAUUUCGAAUAUAUACAACAAUGCUAAACUGAAAAUGAUUUUAAUAAUUAAGACUGGAUCGGUACAAUACACAAUACUCGUGAAGAAGAAGAAGAAGAUGUAAAAGAACUUGUGGUGCGUACACACAAACACACACACAUACAACACCAUGCGGGUGGUUAGUAGAUACAAUAAUGAUGGUCAAAUGAGAUGAUCGCGUGAUGAACAGGGGAUUAAGGUGUACAUUAUAGCGACACUUUAGCAAUGGUGGUGCCUUUGUUUUCGAACUUGCGUGCAUUUGCAUACCAUUUCAAUUUUAUUGCGAACAACGAAAUUACUGCACACAUUUUUUUUUAAUCAGGAGGUGUAUUAUUUAGCCAGAUGUGUUAAGUUCCCUUUCGGGUUUUUUUUAAAGUCGGGCUGUGUUUUAAUGGUACCGAUAUUUUGGAUAAUUCGACUCCUUAGUGGUGCGCUCUAGGCAGGCUAAUAUUCGUGUACACACAACGCUCUCAAGCAGAAUAUAAUGGGCAAAGCUUCCGACAUACGCAUAAGCCAAGGCGAUUGAAGUAUAAGCGCAAUCAUUGGUUUAGAAGCGAUAGUGAGCGAAACAGGAAAAAAAAACAAACCGUAACGAAUACAAGGUACACGAAACGAGAUAUAACCAGUGUAGUCUAUAGUAGUAGCAGUAGUAGCGUCCAAGAUGUUUCGAUAUACAAAUAACACACAUAUAGAGCUCAUGAAAGAUUUGGCGGAAACAACACAGGGGAAGCAAGUAGUAAUAAAAAAAAAACCGUAGGUCAAUAUGACAACAGUAACUGCUGCAACUUUAACCGAACCUUA